AUGGUGGUUCACGCCUUACACCCUCAGCUCAAAGCCGAAGUGAUUGUGCACGGAGUUGCACUGUCAGAGUACGACGAUGUUGAGAAAAAGAGGCCAGCUGGACUUGACGACGACGACGACGAUGAUGAUGAUGAUGAUGAUGAUGUAUCCGAAAAGGAAGUACGGAAGGCUAUGGCCUCAAUUGGAACUAUCGAGUUGCUCUUCCACAUGGUCACCAACAUACAAAGAAAUAAGAAACUUGGAAGAUACACUAGCAUUGCCAGAAUAUCAAUCGGUGUCGGACAAACUUGUCCAAGACUCGUGCAUAUCCUUGAAGACAAUGUAGGGUCACCUCCAACCACUCAACUGUUGAUCAUGUUCAUGGAGAAGAUCACCCGUUCGCAACGAUUAGCUUCAAGUAGCGCUCCCGAGGUCAGCACACCAGUUCAGAAAGUAACUCUCGUUUUCACUAACAAAAUCAUGCAAGAUGACUUAAAGUCACUCAAGAUAAUCUCACGUUCACCGAGCCCUGUACCUCUUGAAGAUUGGCCAACGAAAGACUUAUCUCACCAGGAGAUGAUAGAACUACUCAACCGUUACAAGGCAAAGGAUGCACGAGCCCGAAAGAGGAAGCGCGAUCACACUGAAGAAGAUGAAGUUGUUGUGAUCGAGACAACGAAACGCAAGAAACGCUAG